AGUGUCCUUGAAAGAAUCUUUACAAACUGGUUUUGGGACAUUUCCUUCUCAUCAAAGAGCCUGAAAAACAGACACUGGAUGCUAGCAUUUAUGUAAUGCUAUUUAGUAUGUGUUCAUUUCUUUAUUUAGUUUUGUGGAUUUCUGAAUUAACACCAAAAUCAGGAUAAAAAAUAUUCUUAAAUACAGCACUGAAAACUUGGCUCUUUGUAUCUGAUGUUAAAAAACAUUUAAAAAAAAAAUAAUGUGUAGCAUUUUUAGUGAACGCACAUUAAACCAGUGUUUCAGUUCCUUUAAAAUCCUUAUUGUCUCAGACAGUAGAUAUAAAGUUGAGCUAAUUAUACAUAGGAAGAGACUUUAUUUAGUCCCACACGAAGGAAAUUUCCUUGUUACAGUAGCACAAGGGACAGAAAGAAAAAGUGAAUUAAAAAUAUACUAGAAUUUUUUUUUUUAAUUUGCAAAUUUGCAAAAACUACUAUACUAUGUAGAUAUGUAGUAUAUACAAUAACAUAUACCCCAAUUUUUUAUAUGUACAUAAUGUGCAGUGGGACCGAUAGUAAUACACAUGUAAUACACUUAAACAGUACUUAUCCUGUGUGGGUAUUGUGCUCUCUGUUGAAGCACCUGUGAUAGCUCUUCAUCUUACACCACGGUAGUAACAAUCUACUGCUGAAGGAGCUGCACAGGGACUCCACAGUUGUAUGCAGGGGGUGAAAGGUGUUGUCCAUAAUGUACAUUAGCUUGGCCAUCAUCGAGCUCUUACCUGCGUCCUCUAUGAUGUCUAGGGGACUGGCAAGGCCAGGACAGUUAGACUCAAAGAAUGUUCAAAUGUGUUUUCCUGAAUCAGCUUAAUCAUUAAAACCGUGCAUAGUUUCUGUUUCUGAGGAAACAAGGGGGGAAAAGUCAUUCACAGUGGUACAAAUUACAAUACAUGAGCUUAUCUACACAAAAUAUCUCUGUUCAAAUAGGUAAACCUUAAAAAGAUUUCAAAUUAAAUGCACUGUGUUGUAUCAGGCUUAACCAUAAAAUUAAUUCCAAAAAUAAUUUAUAGCCCCUGUAAAGUCUAACCUUUAUAAGUCAUAGAGAUUAAAAAUGAUUUCGAGCUUAAUAAAAAGGUUUCAUUUUCUGCCACACAAGUUUACAUAAGUGUGUGUUCUCUUGUGUGGUACGGGGUUUUGCAUAUUUCGAACAGGUUUUUCUGCACUGUGUGCUAUUCAAGUGAAACUUCUGUCCUGUCCUCUCCCAGGGAACUUUCCACCCUCCUUCUGUUUCACAUACUCUGCAUGCGCACAUUAUUCAAAUACAUUAGCUGCGUGAAGAGGCCUCUGACCUAACACAUGUAUUAAGUUCUUAAUCAAAUUAAAUCACCUGUUAAUCAAAUGCAGCAUUUUCGCAGAGGUAUUGUAUGUGACAGAUUAACAUCAGAACAGACCAUUGGUAGGCGUUGGUUUAUACCUGUCUCUUCUGCCUACUUCAUAGCUGUUGUUUACAAAAUGUUCUCAUGAGGCAAAGAUAAUGAGUGAGGGUGAUGUCAUUGCCUAUUCAUUUUCUUUCUCUCUCUCUCUCUUUCUCUCUCUCUGUCAACUUCCAGUCCUUUAUUUUUUCUACAGAGUAGGUGUGGCACUGUCUACACCUGUCCAGUACCACAUAGGCGUCUGCUCAGGUGACAAAAAAGAACGAAUGCUCUCAGGUGCUUAAGUAAAAAGUAAAGAAGGAAGAGGCAGAAAGGCAUGGUACAAAAGGGGAGGGACAUAUGCUGUAAACAAAUGAAGUGAGGCUUAAGUAAGACACGCCUCGAUCCCAGUAGCAAAAAACUGUAGGCAGGACAACAACUGCAACAGACUAGGCUCUCCUGACAUACAUAGUUUACAACACUGCAACAGUAGCAAGAAAAGGUACGCACAGUACGCACAUGUUGAGAAGGACUGACAAAGAAACACUCACAGAAAGAUACAAGAGAAGAGCAACCAGAGGAAAAGACAAGCAAAUGCAAAAGAGACUCAGCAGAAAUCAAGAAACGCAGCAAGUCAUCUUUUAAAACUCUGCAAGGAUUUUACAAAAAAGAUUUUUUUUUUCUCCAGACCUACAUUAUGGCCUCGAUGGGGAUGCAGAUGUUUGCUAGUGGCCUCUGCCUCCUCGGUUGGGCAGGGGUCAUCGUCAUCUGCUUACUGCCAAUGUGGAGGGUCUCGUCCUUUGUGGGCACCUCCAUCGUCACCUCCCAGAUUUUCUGGGAGGGUAUUUGGAUGGCCUGCGUGGUCCAAAGCACAGGUCAGAUGCAGUGUAAACCUUACGAGUCCCUCCUUGCCCUCAGUGGUGACAUGCAGGCUGCCAGAGCUCUCACUGUCAUUUCAAUCACUGUAGGUGCAGCAGGACUUAUUAUGGCCUUUGUUGGAGGAAAGUGCACCCGCUUCUUGGAUGAAACUGGAAAUGGGGCAAAGGGCAAGGUGGCUGUUGUGGCAGGAGCAAUGUUGAUGGCUGCAGGUCUGUUCUGUUUGAUUCCUACAUCUUGGGUGGCUGGGGCUUUAGUGAAGAACUUCUACAGUGCCUACAGUGAUGCUCAGAAGAGGGAGAUUGGUGCCUGUCUUUACAUUGGCUGGGGAGCAUCUGUUUUGCUUGUUCUGGGAGGCGGUUUAUUCAUCAGCUCCGCACGCCCCAUAAAAGCCCAUGACACAGAGAAGAGGACGUCUGUGCAUUACCAGGUGGUUCGCUCCUACAACGGGUCCAACCUGGGGGGUUCUCAUCGCAGCAGGGCGCCAUCAGCAAAGUCACUGCCUGUUGGAGUGGACUACCCCAGGCCUCAUGGCUAUGAGGGAGUGACUUCAAAGCCCCAGCAGUACCCAAGGCCUCCAUCCUAUCAGUAUAUGUCUGAGCAGGGCUCAAAAGAGGAGUCAGAGAAAUCAUGGGCACCUUCAACAAAGUCACAACUGAAAAAGGCAGACUCGACAAAAUCGAAACACAGUGAUGUACCAUCUACAAAGUCUCAGCUGAAAGAAGCAGAAAUGGACACCUUAUCAGUUAAGAGUGACGGGGAAGAUUUAUCCUCAAACCCACCAAAGACAUACUUAUAAUAUAAUUACAUAUAAUUAAAUAUGUGUACUUAUGUUGGCACAAAAGACAGUUUACUAUACUGCUAUUUAUAAGUUGCCUUUUCUUUGUUUGUGAGUGUGUACUGACUUUAUUUGGGUAUAAAUAUACUCCAUGAUGCUUCCUUUUUAAAGGAUGAGAUAGAAAAGUUCAGGAGUACAUUUAUCAACAUGCCAAAGAAAUGUGUGAAGAAUGCGACAAAUUAACUUCUAACAAAUUCCUAUUUAAACUCUGUUACUGUAAAUGUGAAACAUUAAUUUGCUACCAGAUAUAUAUAUAUAUAUAUAUUUUUUUUUGGUGUUUACCUCAGACUUUUAAAGUUCUCGUUUAAAAUGGGCAGCAGGGUUUUACCUUUGAGUAGACACAUAUUUUAUUAGACACAUACACAUUAUACAUUAAUUGAAAGCAUUACAUUAUUGAAUGCGCUCUUUGGUGAAUAUCUCUAUGAAGAAAUUCAAUUAUUGAAAAUACAAAGUUUUGUUAUUUUGUUAUUUUAAUGAUCAUGCCAUUUGGCACAGUGAAAUGUCAUUGCACUAUGUUGACUGAUACUUUUGCAUUUGCUGUUCAAUAAAUGACUGUGAGCUGAUCUGAAAAGUAUCCGGCUAAUUUUUACAUAAUGUGAGGCAUGAGGUGGAAAAGGGCCUUUUAGAAUCCCCCUGGACUAUCAGUCCUGUUCCUGGCAAUUAAAAGCCACAGGACAAACUGGUUUGGCAGAAAGUAAAGUUACAGGCAGGUGUGCAGUGUUAAAAGAGGAAGCAUUGUGUGUUUGUUGAGGAUUCAACAUUUAGUUUCAGUGAAUCAUGCUCGUAUCAUGUGAUCAUGCAUGUUGUUUUAAUUACUUAGUGAUAUUUUGAGCUGCCCAAAAUGCAGUUCCUUAAAUAGAAAUAUGCAUCUGUCAUGUUGUGUCAUGUACAAAAGCUUUCUCUAAGGUUAUGCCUGUUGCAAGCAUGUCUUAAAGCAUGUUUUAAGACCUGAUAUGACUUCACUUGUAUAAUCUACACUGUACUACAAAAGCAUUGCACUACUCUACACAUCACCAGAUAAGCACCCAUCCUCUUGCCUUCCCAAAGCUCUUCUUACUCCUCAGCUUCAGCUCACAUGGUUUUGCAUUGACGACUGUCAUGGUGAUUUCAGUAGGCCAUGCAAAUGUAUCUAUCUGGUGGUAACAGAAGGUAACCUGGUAACCUUUUUCUGCAGAAAGCAGGAAACAUGAUUAGGAGUGAUCAUAUUUUGUAUUACAGAUUUUCCCUCAAGCAACAUUUGCAUGAAAGUGCUGAAAAUUCAGUAUGAUUAAAACAAAAAACAAAAAAAAGUGGCUAAACUGGAUUUUACCAGGUCUGUUGACAUUGCACAGCUUUCCCAUGACAGCAACAGAAAUGUGACUAAAACUAAGAGCUCAAGAAAUCUUAACCACAUCACAAAAUUCUGCAGAGGUGAAGGAAAGUGUGAUUGAAAACAAGAUAAUCUACAUAUGUAAACUGACCUUAAAUCAACUUUGCAUCAUGCAAAACCUGACAGCCAGCAGACAAUUUCACAGCCUUGACAUUGUCGAACAAUUAAACAUCCACACACCCAAGAGAAAGAGCAAAUUAGGACUUACUAUUAGGGCAAAAGGUAGCAAAUGACUUAUAUGUUAUUUGCUUUUUAUUCCAAAGAUCUCUUCAGCUCAUAAUGCACUGCGAUAAACCCAGAGAGAAAUAUGACCAAUAACAAAAUGGGUGACUGAUAAGCAGUCAUCCAGCCAGAGCCUACAGAUGGAUAGUGCACGCAGAUAGUGCAUGCAGAGCAGCACUGCUAUAUCAGAGACAAAGAUGUGAAAU